UUGCGAAAACCAAAGAAUCUCAACACUGAGCCCAGGAAAAAUCUCCUCUUGCCCCUUUUCGCCGUGAAGUCAUUUCUUGUACCAACAUUCCCGUCAACACGAACCUCCAGUUGUCGCCUGUUGAUUCGCAGAAAGCAGUUCGGUUUCCACAAGCUUGUUCAGGUGGACUUCCGACGACCGACUUCCCAAGAUAACUCUUUCCCGGGUCUCCUGUUUCCCCUCUGAGGCUGAGGAGAGAUGGACGAGCUGGAUCCGUGCGACAGCGAUGCGGAGGGCUCGGAGUUGUCGGAUUCGUUCGACGACCGGCAGCUCACGGCGGCGGAGGUGGAAGGGGAUCCCGUGCCGGCGGUGGAGGGGCUCAGCAUCUCCGGCGAGGCACGCCCGGGGCGGUUCCUCCAAGUCUGCGGCUGGGCCAUUAAUGGAACAACUCGUUGUGAUUUCGCGUGGGCACGCUGCUCGGAAAGUGGAAAUUUCAGCUACAUAGAAGGUGAAAACAAAGCUACUUAUCUGGUUACUGCUGAUGAUGUUGAUUCAUAUCUAGCUAUUGAAGUCAUACCUGUUGGGAAUGGUGAACAGAUGGGUGAACCUGUUAGGAUCUUUGCCAAUGAACAUAGAAAAAUAUCAUGUGAUCCUGAAAUGCAAGAGCAAAUUGAGAGGAAUUUUUUUAUUGGGCAUUCGUCAUUUGAUGUUUUCUUAUCGGUUGGAUGUAACAAUACUUGGGUUACGGUUAAGUUAGUGAUUGAGAGGGAGGGUUUUUCCAUCAAGAAUAACAGGUCGCCUCGUAUUUCUGUCGAGGAGAAAUUUUCACCAAGCAUAGCUAUCACAAUUUCCAAUGGGCACUCUAGUGGAUUUUUAAUACAUUGUACUGAAGGGAGUGAAUCUCUCUUUCUGGCGACAGAAAGUAGCUUGUUGCGCGAUGUUAUUGUGCUCACCAUGAGAUUGUUUACUGUGAGGGUAUGAUAAUUAUCUCAUAAGGCAGUCAAGAAACAGGAACAGCGCUCCAUAAAGGCAGUCAAGAAACGGAGAAGGAUGAAGAGAUGCCUAUUCUUUUAGCAGUUAGAAGAAGUUUUUCAUGCCCAGUGGAACAUAUGUUGUAAUUAUGUAUCUACAUAAGAUACAGAAGCACUCUGGAUAUAGUUUUCUAAAUUUUCUUUCUGUUUUGAAUAGGAAAAAGGUCGUCUUUAUUAUUAUAAAAGCUGGAAUCCAAAGAUAAAUUUGAAUGUAAUCUAGAGACUUCUUAUUAAUAUCUGAACAAAUAAUCAUACCCUUGAGCUUCAACUCUCA